AUGACGGGACGGAGAGAUUUCCUCAGCCAGCCUGCACCAGAGAACUAUGUGGCCGGUUUAGGACGAGGUGCCACUGGAUUCACCACGCGCUCAGACUUGGGCCCAGCGAGAGAGGGUCCCACUCCGGAGCAGAUACAAGAAGCCCUUACCAAGCGCGCUCUUCUACUUGGCACAGCUCCUCCAACUGCAUAUGGCGCAUCGCAUAGAGGAGAAAAAGGAAAAGGAGACAAGGCCGAGAAGGUGAUAGAGGAGGAAGAGGAUGACCGGUUUCAGGACCCCGAAAACGAAGUUGGCCUUUUUGCAUAUGGGCAGUACGACCGGGAUGAUGAUGAGGCAGAUCGUAUAUAUCAGGAAGUGGAUGAGAAAAUGGAUAGAAGACGGAAACUAAGAAGGGAAGCUCGAGAACAACAAGAGCGUGAAGAAUACGAACGUAACAACCCUAAAAUCCAGCAGCAAUUUGCGGACUUGAAGCGAUCCUUAGCUACAGUCACCGAUGAAGACUGGGCAAAUAUCCCGGAGGUUGGCGACCUCACGGGGAAAAACAGACGGGAAAAGCAAAAUUUAAGAAGUCGAUUUUACGCCGUGCCUGAUAGCGUCAUUGCGAGCGCAAGAGAUUCUACGGAAUUCGAAACCACUAUUGCUGAGGAUGGAACUCAGACUUCAGUGCCACGUGGGGAAAUGGACGGUACAAUUACGAAUUUUGCGGAGAUUGGUGCUGCGAGGGAUAAAGUCCUUCAGGUGAGACUUGAUCAGGCUGCACAAGGGUCAACAGCGGACGCUGCAGCUGGAAGUGCAACCAGCAUUGAUCCAAAGGGAUAUUUGACCAGCCUCACCAAAUCCGAAAUGAAAGCUGGAGAGGUAGAAAUAGGAGACAUCAAACGAGUUCGGGUAUUGUUGGAAUCGGUCACAAAAACAAACCCUAAACAUGCCCCAGGCUGGAUCGCAAUAGCUCGGUUAGAAGAGAUUGCUGGCAGGAUUGUGGCUGCGAGGAGUUAUAUUGCCAAAGGGUGCGAGCUAUGUCCGAAAAGUGAGGACGCGUGGCUAGAAAAUAUACGGCUAAACGACAACCACAAUGCGAAGAUCAUUGCAGCUAAUGCGAUUAAAAGUAAUGACCGUUCAACCAGGCUCUGGAUCGAGGCUAUGAGACUUGAAUCAGACCCGCGAGCCAAAAAGAACGUUCUCAGGCAAGCAAUCCUUCACAUUCCACAGUCUGUUGCCAUCUGGAAGGAAGCAGUCAACCUUGAAGAGGACCCGGCCGAUGCACGUCUCCUUUUAGCCAAGGCAACAGAAAUGAUUCCACUUUCUGUCGAGCUAUGGUUGGCUUUGGCUCGUCUCGAAACCCCUGAAAAUGCCCAAAAGGUUCUGAACGCCGCCCGCAAGGCGGUUCCAACUAGCCAUGAGGUUUGGAUUGCAGCUGCUCGACUACAAGAACAGAUGGGAACUGCCGGCAAAGUCAACGUGAUGAAGCGAGCUGUCCAAGAGUUAGCGAGAGAGUCCGCUAUGUUAAAACGAGAAGAAUGGAUCGCAGAGGCCGAAAAAUGCGAGGAAGAGGGUGCGGUUCUCACAUGCGUAGCCAUUAUUCGUGAAACUCUUGGCUGGGGCUUGGAUGAAGACGAUGACAGGAAGGAUAUUUGGAUGGAAGAUGCUCGGGGAAGCAUCUCCAGGGGAAGGUAUGAAACAGCAAGAGCUAUAUAUGCUUAUGCACUGCGCGUAUUCGUCAAUAAGAAGUCUAUUUGGCUUGCUGCUGUCGACCUGGAGCGUAAUAACGGGACUAAGGAAAGCCUUUGGCAGCUACUUGAAAAGGCGGUAGAAGCUUGCCCGCAAAGCGAAAGCUUGUGGAUGCAGCUUGCGAAGGAGAAGUGGCAAGCAGGAGAAAUCGACAAUGCAAGACGCGUCCUUGGAAGGGCAUUUAACCAAAAUCCAAACAACGAAGAUAUCUGGCUUGCGGCCGUAAAAUUGGAGGCGGAUGCAAAACAAACAGAGCAUGCGAGGGAACUUCUUUCAACUGCACGUCGCGAGGCGGGAACCGACCGUGUCUGGAUCAAGAGUGUUGCAUUUGAGCGUCAGUUAGGAAAUACAGACCGAGCCCUCGAUCUCGUCAACCAGGGUCUCCAGCUUUAUCCUAAAGCCGAUAAGCUCUGGAUGAUGAAGGGCCAGAUAUACGAGGAACAAAAUAAAUACCCCCAAGCCAGAGAAGCAUACGGAACUGGUACUCGCGCAUGCCCCAAGUCCGUACCCAUUUGGCUCCUCGCGUCCCGCCUCGAAGAAAAAGCAGGCGUCGUCGUCAAGGCCCGAUCAAUUCUCGACCGAGCCCGCCUGGCGGUGCCCAAGAAUGCAGAGCUCUGGACUGAAUCCGUGCGGGUGGAACGACGCGCAAACAAUAUCAGUCAGGCCAAAGUGCUCAUGGCGAAAGCGCUGCAGGAGGUACCAAAUUCAGGUUUCUUGUGGAGUGAGAGUAUCUGGAAUCUCGAACCGCGUACGCAUCGCAAGCCACGAAGCUUGGAAGCUAUCAAGAAGGUCGAUAACGAUCCGAUCCUCUUUGUGACAGUGGCACGUAUAUUUUGGGGUGAGCGAAAACUCGAUAAGGCGAUGACAUGGUUUGAGAAGGCCAUUGUCUCCAAUAAUGAUUUGGGGGAUGUGUGGGCGUGGUAUUAUAAGUUUUUGUUGCAGCAUGGUACUGAUGAAAAACGAGAAGACGUGAUCAGCAAAUGUGUAUCAAGCGAGCCUAAGCACGGCGAGAUUUGGCAGUCAAUCGCAAAGGAUCCAGCAAAUGCGGAUAAAUCGACGGAGGAAAUCCUGAAACUCACGGCGGCGCGUUUGGAAUAG